CAAAAUCUACUAAAAAUGGUUAGUUUCGAGGAAGCUUGCGAGUUGGCAAAGAAUUUCACAAAGAAGCCCAGCGAUUCGGCAUACUUAGAGUUCUACGGUCUCUUCAAACAGGCCACCGUUGGCGAUGUAAACAUUGACAAGCCAGGCAUUUUGGAUUUGAAAAAGAAGGCAAUGUGGGAGGCAUGGAGCGCACACAAGGGACUUUCGCAAGAAGCCGCCAAGGAGGCGUACAUUAAGGUUUACGAAAAAUAUGCGCCCACAUAUGCUUAGAAAGCAAGCUAAUUAUUUGUGAGUGUAUGGCUGCUGUGUGGCCAAGUUAAAUUUUAUUUUUUUUUUAAUAAAUA